UGAAAGUCAUUUUCCAAGGCAUCUAGUCAUAAUAGUGUGCAUGACCACUAUUGGCCCCGCCGGGCGCAGGACUUCAGUUGUCUACUUUUUGUUGUAUCCCAAAUAUGAAGGUAAUUUAUCGUAAACUUGAAAAAAAUCGAGCAGGAGAAAUAGGAAUUAUACCUGAAAAUUCAGAAGACUUUUGGCAUGUGUACAAUAUUUUACAAAUCGGUGAUGUCCUGAGAGCAUCUACCGUAAGGCGAGUUCAAAAUGAAUCUUCUACGGGUUCAGUUUCCAGUAAAACAGUGCGAGUAUAUCUAAGUUUGGAAGUUACCAACAUAUGGUUUGAUUUUGAGUCUUGUUCACUUCGUGUGAGCGGGCGUAAUGUUCUUGAGAAUGAAUAUGUUAAACUGGGAGGGCAUCACACUUUUGAUCUUGAGUUUAAUAAAAAACUUUGCAUUAGCAAAUUAGAGUGGGAUUCGUACGCUCUAAAACGGAUUAACGAGGCAUCUUCUCUUAAAAAAUCAGCUGAUGUUAUAGCUGUGGUGAUGCAAGAAGGUCUAGCAUAUCUAUGCUACAUUACCAACGACAUGACUUUAAUAAAAUCUAAAAUUGAACUGUCCAUUCCUAGAAAACGGAGAAACGGCUGCAGCCAGCAUGAAAAAGUGUCCAUAGUUCUAUUAUUAAUUAUUUUGUAA